ACUUGUAAGAGAAGUAUCAAAAUGAGGAUUCGGAUUAUUUCAUUAUGUUCGGUAGCUAGCUUGUUAUUUUUGACAGCUUGGAUCGAUAUUACAGAAUCUCUAUUCACUAAUAGUGUACCAAAGCAAAGAUAUAUUAAACGAAUAAUCCGAAUACCGGUGCGAAGUUAUAGGAUAAAUACCAGCAGAAAAACAAAUAUAGUCAGUGCUAAUAUAGCUAAUAUUGACUCCACAUUAGGACCACAACGUAACUUUCAGGUUAAUCCGUCAGUUGGUAGAUCGCUUCCUCAAUAUAGGAAAGUUACUUUCCUUAGUAACAAUAUUUUGCAGCGACUUCGAGAGGCACAAAAGAAGGCUAAACCAAAGACAGGUGGAAACCAAGUUCCGAUUCAUCAUCACACUGUUGUAUUGGCAAAAAAUGCAAAUAUUUUGUCUAAUAUAGGAAAGCAGCAAAAUGGUCCAGCAAUCAGUCCCGUUUCAGCACCAACACAAGGUGGGAACCAACCAGGAAGCAAACCUAGUAACCCCGGACAAGGACCAUCAAACAGCGUGCAGAAUUUUGUGCAAGGUAUAAAGAUGGGUAGUGGCAAUACUUACCAAGUUAACACAGAUACGGGAAAUACGAAAGUUAAUAGUAAAAUACACAAAACAAAUGUGUCAAACAAUAUUAACAACAUUCAUAUAACAAACAAUUAUACCAGCCCUAGCAAUGCACCUUCGCCAGGUCACAGUAGACAGCCAUAUCCACAAGGUCAGUUACCUGUAGGUCAAAGUAAUUUACCGUAUCAGCCUACUGGACAAAGGCCAAACCAAGGUGGUCACAAUCCAAGACCAUUGCCAAGUGGUCAACAGCAUCCACCCGGUCCAAAACCAACUCCAGGAACAAAAAUUUAUCUAAAUAUAGUAAACAACCUUCCAGUUAAAAAUAAUGCAUCAAAUAAUAAUCAUCGAGCAAACUUUAGCCCAUCUAGUGUAGGUAUGAAUCCGACCUUUUCAACUGGCUUCCAUGGAGCAAACAAUGGUCACUCCAAUCAAGCUUCGCAGAAUCCUGGGCCCGUUACACUAGGAGCUGGGAGCAGUACCGGGGCGCGACCAAGCAUGAGACAACCUGGUGGAAAUCCAGCAGGUCCAGGACAAGGUGGUGCACUGCCAAGUGGGCGAAACCGACAGGGACCAGGAGGUCGACAAGGAAUGGGAAACCAGCCUGGUGGUUCACUACCUGGAAGUAUGAUGCCAUCAGGACUUGGUUCUUUGCUGUUUGGGGGUCCUCAAGGUAGUAGAAAUCGAGGAGGUCAACCAGGUAACCAGCCAGGAAAUACCCAAUAUCCAUUUAAUGGACAGCUAUUUAGAAACGCACCAUCACAAAUAAAUGCUGCACCAGGACCUGGUCCUCAACAACCAGGUGGUGCACAUAUUAAUCAACUUGGUGCUGGACAUGGGCAACAGCCUGGCGGUGGACACGGACAACAACAUGGUGGGGGACACGGACAACAACCUGGUGGAUCACAGCAUGGUGGUGGACAAGGGCAACAGCCUGGUGGUGGACAAUGGCAACAGCCGGGAGGUGGUCACGGGCAACAACCCGGUGGUGGUCAAGGGCAACAGCCUGGUGGUGGACAAUGGCAACAGCCGGGAGGUGGUCAUGGGCAACAACCCGGUGGUGGUCAAGGGCAACAGCCUGGUGGUGGACAAUGGCAACAGCCGGGAGGUGGUCAUGGGCAACAACCCGGUGGUGGUCAAGGGCAACAGCCUGGUAGUGGACAAUGGCAGCAACCCGGUGGACAACAAGGGCAACAACCCGGUGGUCAACAAGGGCAACAACAUGGUGGUGGACACGGGCAACAACCUGGCGGUGGACACGGACAACAGCCUGGUGGUGGACAAUGGCAACAACCUGGUGGUGGACAAGGGCAACAACCUGGUGGUGGACAUGGACAACAACCUGGUGGUGGACAUGGACAACAGCCUGGUGGAGGACAAGGGCAACAACCUGGCGGUGGACAUGGGCAACAACCUGGUGGUGGACAUGGACAACAACCUGGUGGUGGACAUGGACAACAACCUGGUGGCGGACACGGACAACAGCCUGGUGGCGGACACGGACAACAACCUGGUGGGGGGCACGGACAACAACCUGGUGGUGGUCAAGGACAGCAGCCUGGUGGUGGACAAUGGAACCAGCCUGGUGGAGGACAGGGACAACAACCUGGUGGUGGACACGGACAACAGGGACAAGGACAGCAGCCUGGUGGUGGACAAUGGCAACAGCCUGGUGGAGGACAGGGACAACAACCUGGUGGAGGACAUGGACAACAACCUAGUUUCAAUCCGGCAUAUCCAAUAAGUGGACAAGGACAACAAGCUGGUGGCGGACAUGGACAACAACCCGGUGGCGGUCACGGACAACAACCUGGUGGCGGACAUGGUCAACAACCUAUAUAAAAUAUUUAUAUCGUCAGUCUAAGUGUUUACUCUGUUAAAUAUAAAACAGGUCUAUUACAGACUGAACUUGGUGAUAAUGAUAUUAUUUGUAUUAUAGAAACUAAGUUUGAUAACAAAGUGUUAAGCAUUGGAAAGCAACAACUAUUGAUUAGUAGAACACAUUCUCUCUGAAGUUGGAAAAGGAAAGAUUUUUAUUUAACAAUGAACGAUGUCAAACGUAAAAAAACAAAUGAACAGUCAUAUUGUGACAAAAUCCACGUGCAUGGCGGAUAAUACAAAGGAUAAAGUUAAACACAAACUUAUUACACCAAAAUCCAGUAUCCAACCAUGAUAAUAGCAUCAGCUCCCGAGCACAAAUGGAGAUCAUAGAGAAAACCAUCUGAAACACGACACUGAUUAUGGGAUUGAUCCGUUACCAUCAAGGUAGAAUAACCGACUAUGAAAGAUUCCGAUUAUUUGCAAAAUUCACAGAAUAGAAAACAGUACAGGAGACCAUAAUGUUAAUUCAAAGGAGAAAAAUUACAGUCUCAACUACUAUUUACUGCAUACAAAUCAAAAUUACUUUAUUCAAUGUGUUUGGCUUUAAAAAUUGAUAUUCUGUACUGAAUUUAUAAAAACAAAUUAUUUUUUGUUAUAACUUACUAAGAUGAAUGAACCUUACAUUUUUUGUACCACAUCACUAUGAAUUUUAUACAAAAAAAUCAAACAAAAUUGUAAAGCUUUGCGAAUAUUUCAAAAUGUAUCAAUCAAAUAUUAAGAAUUAUAUGAAUUCAGUUAUACUAUUUUACUAAUAAAGAUAUAUGAGGAAAAUUUGAGAUUCAUACGCAAAUGACCUUAACUCAAUUGCCAAACUUGUUUUUUGUGUAUAAGCUUGUCACUUCCAUUGCAAUUAUAUCAA